CACGCUCCUUAACUUACCGGGAAUCUCUCUCUGCCCUGCCUUUCUCCUAAAACUUGUUCCCAUCGUUCCAGCGACACCGCCAUUCCCUUUGCCACUUCAAUACCAAGACACGCCUCUGCUCUCGCUACUCCUGUAUUUUGUCCGGUUUUCCUUGCCUCUCUCUUAUCCGCACCAUGUCCCGACGUUACGAGCGAGUCAAUACCCAGGACGAUGACGAAUCUGAUUCUCCGAUUACGUCCGCUCCGUCGCGACCCAUCCCGAACUCGCCUCCGCCGUCCUUCCACUCGCGAUCCUCCUCGCUCGAUAGGAGGCGGCAGACUGUCGACCCUACGCUGGCCGACGCGUUCGAUGCCGAAGACGACAGCGACGACGAACCCGAUGACCGACAGCGAUUAGUUCGUGGAAACUCGUUUCCCACCCCGGCCAAUUCCGCCAGCCAGAAUUCCAACCCGAGGAAUGACGGGCCACCGGUUCCCGCGGUGCAGGCUCCGCAGCCUUCGGGUAGCGCAAACGCUCCGCACACGAGCUCCAGAGUGUACGGCGGCGGGAUCCAAUCCGAUGGCGUCUUUUCCAAUAUGAUGGCGCGGCCGGAACGGGGGGAGAAGAUCGUGGAAGAGGCCCCUCCCACCUACGAGCAAGCAGCUGCCGACGCCGCCCCGCCCUACUGGGAGACCACGAUCCUGGCUCCCGGCCUCGGCGGCCCCGACGACGUCUACAUUGAUGGCAUGCCCGUCGGAUCUGUAUUUAGUUUCAUCUGGAACGGCAUGAUCAGCAUGUCGUUCCAGUUCGUGGGCUUCCUCCUUACCUACCUGCUCCACUCGACGCAUGCGGCCAAGAAUGGUUCUCGCGCCGGCCUCGGCAUCACGCUUAUCCAGUACGGUUUCUACAUGAAGGGUGCCUCUUCCAACUCUGGCGGCAUGGGCGCGCCCUCGGAUGGAUAUGCGCAACCUCCCGACCCCAACAGCCACGACUUCGACCCCAACUCUGUCACCACGGGCAGUGGCGACGCCGCUUCGGGCCUGAGCGAGAUUGCAAGCAGCGAAUGGGUCGCGUACUUGCUAAUGAUCGUGGGAUGGUUCAUCUUGAUCCGCGCGGUUAGCGACUACAUCAGGGCAAGGAGGCACGAGCAGCUUGUUCUCCAGAGCCCGGACAGGGGGCUGGGCGUGCCGAUUAUUGCCGAGGGCGAGAGGGCCGAGACGGUGGUGUGAACCCAUGUACAGACCGUCUAGGGCGUCUCCUGAAAGAAGGAGACCGUAUUCUCAGAGUCCAACGCGGCAGAUACCAUUCUAGAAAGCCUGCAGUUGGGCAGAGAUGCGAGGAUGGAUGUGCAGCAGGUUCCGCUUAGCUGACGGCGUUUACGGUACUGGGAAGGGACAGUCUAAAGGUGUAAUGGGAGGGGAGGGAAUCGUCCCAUCGAAUUACUGUGUUUUUGAGCGACUAUUACAGUAGAAUCGUAUUGCUAUGGCCGGUCUUGAAGGAUUCUAUACGCCCACUGUCAUCUCUGGGCGUAGUCGCAAAAGCGAAUGCAUACAUGAGUCCCACGCGGGACAGGUUGGCUGCUUGGUAGCUGGCUGGCUGGCUUCUGGGGCGUGAAACGCAGAGAGUCCAUACGGGGAUAUGUCCCUAAUAUACGAGAAAUUGUGGCCAUCUAAGGAACGGGUGAACAGUUAAUUAAAUUGCAGUUAUCUACGUAGCCUUUUAGAGCCGUUUUACGUGCCUUUUAUAUCCCGAUUAACCCUCG